AUGUGGAAGAUUGCGUUGACCUUGGCGGUCGUCGUUACAUCCGCGCCUCUCGACAAUGCGGACUAUUCGUCUAUAAACACAUUCGCAUUGCGACUAUUGGAUCACACUUAUGCGUUUCAAGAAGCAUUUGGCGUUAAAAACAUUGCAAUAUCACCCCUAUCGAUUUGGAGCGUGUUCUCGUUGCUGGCGGAGGGUUCGUCUGGAGACACGUUCAUGGAAUUGCUAAACGCUUUGCAAUUACCGAACGAUUUAGCCGCGACGCAAACGCUCCAUCUGGCCGCCCGCGGUAUCUUCAAGUCUACGUCCAGAGACCUUAUCCUGAAGGGUCAAUCGGUCAUGCUCUCCGAUUGCUCAUUGGAGAUCCACCCGGAGUUCUGUGAGCUCGCUAAUCUGUACAGCACGGAUAUAUACACGGUCGACCCGAGAAACACGACCAAACUUGCGGCCGAUAUAAAUUAUUGGAUAUGCUUGGCGACAGAAGGAAGAAUACUGAAUUCGGUUAAACCGCAAGAUUUGGAGAACUUAAGGAUGGUCCUUGUUGAUGCGUUGUAUUUUAAAGCGAAUUGGAAGUAUCCUUUCGAUCCGACCCAGACGAAGGAAGAAGCGUUUUAUAAUUCCCAAGGACAAGUCGUUGGUUCUGUCAAUAUGAUGUACCACAAAGCACCGCACAACCUAGCGGAUUCCCCACGAAUCGGCGCUCAAGUCUUAGAAAUGACUUACGGAAAAGACGAAGAAUUUUCAAUGCUGAUCCUUGUGCCUUUCGACGGAAUGCCAAUCAAGAAGCUGCUAAACAACUUGGCAACACAGCCGAUGGAUUGGCUCGAAGACUUCAGACUUGAUGACCCCCCAAAAGUGGACUGCUACGUUCCACGUUUUAAAAUAUCAUCGCAAUCGGACAUGGUAACUCCUCUAAAAUACACAGGGAUACAUUCUAUAUUCGAUGGGCAGAAAGCCGAGUUACCGGGGGUGUCUACAAGUCCGCUCUUUGUGUCAUCGGCGAUCCAGAACGUAGAUUUGGAAGUUACAGAAGAGGGUACCGUGGCGGCUGUGGCCACCGUGGUCGGAUUAGAAGACAGGAUAUUAGGGCCCAGGAUCGAGGUGAAUAAAGAGUUCGUCUUUCUGAUCGUGGACAGAAGGACAAACUUAAUAGUGUUCUCUGGCGUCUACGGCGACCCUACAACUGUUUAG